GCCAACUCGGCAGUAACUUCGUCUUGGGGUUUUGGGUUUGAAGAUAAAAGUAUGGAUAAACCCUAAAAUUGAAGCAUCCAUGGCUUCAUUUCAGCUUCUUCCUGCAACCUUUUCUCUUCCACAUCUUCAAUUUUCCCGUUUUCUUCAUUUCUAUCCAUCAAUUUUCAGAGAGAAAACUCUGAUUUUCAACUCGCGUUAUUUGCAGAGUUCGUGUAAAUCUCUGAAACUCAGCCCACCAGGUGCUUCAAAUGCCGACGGGAAUGAGGAUACUGGAACGCCCACCCCCACUCGCCGAGGGAGAAAAAAAGGGACUAAAUCUCCAUCGUCUUCUACAAAGCGUAGUAGGAAAACCCUCAUCGAAGACGAACCCACACAAGUGAACCUAUUUGAUCAAAUGUCGGUAGACGAAGACGAGGCAAUCGAUUCAAUAGCAGAAAAUUACGACGAUGGAAUGGACUUCCCAUACGAAGAUCCGCCAUUGAUCUGCUGCUUCGGCGCGGCUCAGAAAGAAUUUGUGCCGUCAAUUCGCGUACACGAUAACCAGAUGCAUCCAGAUAAGUACUCGGAGUGGAAAAUGCUCCAAUGGGACCCGCCGGAGUUCGCUAGGGCACCGGGGGGAUCGCCGUCGAAUGUGGCUAUAUCUCACGUCAGGCUCGGCGGACGAGCUGCGUUUAUGGGGAAAGUUGGGAAGGAUGAUUUUGGGGACGAGCUGGUGUUGAUGAUGAACAAAGAGAAGGUACAGACUCGAGGUGUGAAGUUUGAUUUGAAUUCUAGAACGGCUUGUACUUACAUGAAGAUCAAAUUUGAUGAUGGAAAGUUGAAGAUGGAAACGGUGAAGGAAUCAGCUGAGGAUUCUCUGGUUAGCUCUGAACUGAACCUUGCAGUGCUCAAAGAGGCUAGGAUAUUCCAUUUCAAUUCAGAAGCAUUGUUAUCCACUACAAUGGAAGCAACGCUGUUCAAGGCAAUCCAAUUGUCCAAGAAGUUCGGAGGGCUCAUCUUCUUCGAUUUAAAUUUGUCGCUACCUUUGUGGAGAUCGCGCGACAAAACUCGAAAAUACAUCGAGAAAGCCUGGAAUCAAGCUGACAUUAUCGAGGUUUCAAGGCAAGAAUUGGAGUUUCUGUUAGAUGAAGAAUACUAUGAAAAGAAAAGAAAUUACAGGCCUCAAUACUAUGCUCAAACUAUUGAACAAACCAAGAAUCGUCGAGACCAUUACCAUUACUCACCGGAGGAGAUAUCGCCGUUGUGGCAUGAUCAUCUCAAGUUGUUGCUCGUAACAGAUGGAACAUUGCGGAUUCAUUACUAUUCUCCUUCGUUUCACGGCGUGGUGAUCGGAACAGAAGAUGUGCUCAUAACACCAUUCACCUGUGACAGGACUGGUUCUGGUGAUGCUCUUGUGGCUGGGAUCAUGAGAAAGCUUACUACUUUCCCGGAGAUGUUCGAAAGCCAAGAUGUUCUGGAACGGCAGCUUCGAUUCGCAAUCGCAGCAGGGAUCAUCUCUCAAUGGACAAUUGGUGCAGUCAGGGGAUUUCCUACUGAAAGUGCAACACAGAAUCUGAAAGAACAGGUUUAUGUUCCAUCAAUGUGGUAGAGUAGCUGUAUUGGGUAUGCUUUUUUUCUCAGUUUUGAGUUUAUAGAACAACAUUCCAUUGCUGGACUUGGACUAGACAUUAGAGUAAAGGUGUUACCAAAAUGAACAAGAAAGGUGAGAAUCAUGGAAGAAAUGACAAUUAAUUUACCUUUUC